AUGGAUAUGGGUGACCUCAGGUACAUACGCGUCUGCGAAGACUUCGGUGAAGAAUUAAUUGAGCUGCCCGUAGAAACUGAUGAUACUGUCUUGUUGACUACUCUAACAGCUCAAUUCCUCAAGGCAACUGGCCUUAAAUACAAGGCUCAGGAUAGUGACUGCUUGCGCGGCGUUCGGCUUGCAGAUGGCCGUCUUUAUCCUCCUAUGGGUGGUUGGGAGUCGUAUGAGUUUUGCUAUAAUAAAAGGAAGAGCGAUGAGGAGGAACGUUUCAAUGCUAAGUCUAAACGUCUUGAAGGCAAAAAGACUACUGAUCUCAUUGUUCUCAGUCUGGCCUGGCGUACAGAUGAAGAAGCCUUAAAGAAAUACUUUUCUCGCUACGGAGAUAUAGUCAUGGCACAGGUAAAUUUUUCCCAUUUGCUAUGUCUUCUAUUCUAG